CCAGUCAUCAUCUUUCUUUUCUUAUCAAAGGUAACACUUAACUCCUGGCGACUUGUGUUAAUUGCUGCUGUUUUACCAACAAUCAUCUUUCUUUUCUUAUCAAAGUGGUAUCCUAAAAGUGCACGUCACAUGCUCAUUUGUGGAGAGAAUGAACAAGCAGAGGCCGCUCUCUUGAAGAUGGCGGCGAUUAACGGAAAAUGUCUCCCUAGUGGUAAACUAACGAUUCUAUCAGCUGAACUUCAGAAGGGCUCUUUGUUCAACAUGAUUAAAACCAAUAAACGCGUUUUCGUUCUCUUGAACUUCAUUUGGAUUAUACUUACUUUUGUAUACUAUGGCAUAGCACUCCUGACUCCUGAAGUUAUUUUGCACGGAGGAUUGUCAUUUAACACGACUAGCUUUGAAAGACAUGACCAAAACACCGCCAAUAAUUCGACUGUUUCAUCAGGAUACUUGGUUUGCAUGCCACUUCUGACGUCGGACUACGUCCAUUUGGUCUGGACCACAGCAGCAGAACUCCCGGGUAUUGGAAUUUGCUGGUUCCUGGUGGAGAAAUUUAGUAGACGAAUGCUGUUGUUUACUUUCUUUAUGGUGUAUGCGUUGUCGGUUUUGCUCUUAGCAACAGACAGUUUUCCAACGGCUUUUGUUUAUGUGUUGCUGUUUAUAGCGAGAGGAGCUAUUAAUGCAAAUUUUGCUGUUUGUAUUCUUUACACUUUGGAGGUCUACCCGACGACUAAUCGUGCUUUAGCAUUUGGAUUUCAUGCCGGGUUUGGUCGCUUUGGAGCUAUGAUAACACCUUUUAUAGCCCAGGUUUUGAUGAAGGUGGAACCUAAGUUGGCUGUUGGAAUCUAUGCAGUUGUAUCAGGCCUAACGGCACUUAUCACCUUGGCCUUGCCUCGUGACACAAAAGACCAAGAACUCGAAGACAAUUAACCACAGAACUGUCUGAUUGUAAGAAGCCUUAUACUUACAGCAAGUAAAAGAAAACUAAUAAUGGUACACGUUAAAAUAUUUCUGUAGUGAAUAUUUUCGUUUACUAGAUUAUUUCAUUAACUUAUUAAAAUAUGUUAACAGGCCUACUGGAUGUUUAGAUUUUAAGUGACUUUAUUAGAUUGAGAGUAUCGACUUUAGCUUAUGUAUCGUUCUAAGUUUCC